CUGACUUUUAUUUGGCGGGAUUGGACAUAGAAGAGCCUGCUUCCUCGUCUUGUUAGCACCAUGCAGUUUUCUAGCAAAAAAAACAAGGCUAUUAAUGACCUCAAGGCUGAGAUCUAUUCACAGCCCCUGCAGUUUUAUGGACAACCUCCACUGGAAAACAUCUCCCUCUCUGAAUUUGAGAGUUUUGCUGUUGACAGACUGAAAUUGCUGAAGACUGUGGAGAAUGUGGGAGUCAGCUAUGUGAAACAAAGUGAGGACUACAGCAGAAAACUUGAUAACGAGAUUAAAACGCUGAACUUUCCACCUGGAGGUGGUGAUGCCAAGGAACAGGCUGAAAAACACAGAAAAGACCACAUUUCACACUUCAUUCUGAGACUGGCCUACUGUCAAACGGAAGAUCUUAGGCGCUGGUUUAUUCAACAGGAAGUCGAUCUCUUCAAAUACCGCUUUAAAAAACUGGAUUCUCGUGAAAAACUCAAAUUUCUCCACAAGAAUAAUCUUCAGUACAAUACAAUUAGUGCGAAGGAGAAGGACAGUCUGAGGGAGAAACUUGCCAUCUCCAGUUCUGCUGCCAGUGGAGUGAAGCUGGAGGAACAUGAUGUCUACAAAGUUCCUUUUCAAGAUGCUCUCGAUCUGGUGCGAACAAGAAAAGUGUACCUCAAAGAAGGCUAUGCAUACAUCCCUCAAUACGAAAUUGUCACCAUUGUUCUCAACGAUUUCCGCACAAGGCUUUCUAAAGCUCUCGCCCUGACAGCCCGCACCCUACCAGCGGUGCAUUCUGAUGAGCGUCUCCAACCGCUUCUUAACCACCUCAGCCAUUCCUAUUUGGGACAGGAUUACAGCGUCCAAAAAAAUGUCGGGAAAAUCUCCUUGGAGCAGAUCGAUUCACUUGCAGGAAAGUCCUUCCCGCUCUGUAUGAGGCAGCUCCACCAGGCGCUCAGGGACCAGCACCAUCUCCGCCAUGGAGGCAGAAUGCAGUACGGUCUCUUCCUCAAAGGCAUCGGCCUCUCUUUGGAGCAGGCGCUACAGUUCUGGCGGAUGGAGUUCACACGAGGCAAAGUGGAAGCAGACAAGUUUGACAAAGCAUAUGCCUACAGCAUCCGCCACAUGUUUGGCAAAGAAGGCAAGCGAACAGACUACACUCCCUACAGCUGCAUGAAGGUGAUUUUAUCAAACCCACCCAGCCAAGGCGACUAUCAUGGAUGUCCAUUCCGUCACAGUGACCCAGAACUACUGAAGCAGAAGCUUCAGUCCUAUAAAGUGUCUCCCAGUGGAGUCAGUCAGAUUCUUGAGCUGGUCAAAGGGAUGCAUUAUCAGCUGGCAUGCCAAAAGUACUUUGAAUUGACCCACAAUGUGGAGGACACCGCUUUCUCUCUCAGUCACCCCAACCAGUACUUCACAGAGAGUCAGAAAGUUUUGGGUGGAGGGAAAGAUGUGAAGCGAGAAACGGACACACUGCAGAGGCCACAGGAAAACUCUGCCGCCAGAGGAUUGGCUGCAGCUCGAGAGCCAGCAGUAGAUGAAUCCCAGCAUUUGGCUGAGAUAACAAAGAACCUGGAGACCGACUUUCAAGAUGCCUGAUUUCUGUUUUAAUCCAUGUGGAAAUAAGUGCUUGUCUGAGGGUCAGGUCUCUUGCUGAUUGAAAACUGUAUCAUCCGACUUGCUGAGGAAGAUCUUUUGAGUUGUUAUAGUCAGUCAUGCAGUGCCUUGUUCUUUUACAUGUUUUGCUGCAUUACAGUCACAAACAUCAAUGUAUUUUAUGUGAUUAUCCAACACAUUAAAAUGAUUUAAAAA